AUGGGAACGCAUCCGGAAGUCGCCGACUGGCUCGAAAAGUACCCGGAGCCCAAAGGAACGGCUCCACUGGCCUCCAAGGAGCAGGUUCGCCAGUGGCUAUUGCUAGAUGACAACAAGACCCAGAUUCUGGAUCUUCGAAAACACGAUUUUCAGGGCGGCAACAUCAGGGGCGCUCUGUGUGCCCACUACACUGGCGUUUACAGCUCUGUGGAGGAUAUCUGGCGGCUGCUAAAGGGUGCAGGAAAGACCAGAAUCGUGGUGCAUUGCUGGUCGUCUCGAAAGAGGGCGGUCAAGACUGCCGGUUGGUUCUAUGACAGUUUGGUGGCCCACAAUGAGAAGGAUAUUGAAGUCUAUGUGCUUGAGGGAGGCAUCAAGGGCUGGGUUGACGGUGGUAAGCAGUACACUGAUCUGAUGGUUGAGUUUGACCCUAGUGGUUUUAGUUGA